AUGGAAGCAACACCUUGGGUGAACUCACAGUCAGGGAGAAGGAAACAGGUGGUUGCAUUUGUCUUCACCAUUAAGGAAGAGUUGAGUUUUGACUACGGACCAAAAGCAAAUUUUAAGAAAAAGAAAUUAAAACUUGGCUGCUUCAAUGGGUUGCCAGCUUUUUGCAAAACACUUGUAGAGAGAAUGCAGAGAACUGAACAACUUCGCGAUUUUGUCCCAGUGGAACUCUGUGACUUAGAAUAUGUUCCUGAUAGAGGCUCUGCCAUUGAUCCACAUUUUGAUGAUUUCUGGCUCUGGGGAGAAAGACUCGUGACAUUGAAUUUGUUGUCAGACACAUAUCUCACUUUAUCCAAAGAUGAUCAGCCUGGGGUGGAGGUGUUAGUACCGAUGCCCAGAAAAUCACUGAUCAUAGUCUCAGGACCUGCUCGUUUUCAAUGGAAACAUGCCAUAAAGAGGGAUCAUAUACAGUCAAGAAGAAUUGCCAUGACCUUUAGAGAACUUGCACCUGAGUUUUUAGAAGGUGGGCCACAGGAGGACACUGGUAGGAAAAUGAUAGAUUUGGCUAAGACAUUUAGGGGUGUAGCAGUGGGUGGACAGUUGUCCUUAAUUCAAAGUUAG